GUUUGUUUAUUUAGAUUAUGAUUUAUUGUAGAUAAAAAUACUAAAUAGUAAAUUGCUACUUUAUUACUUUACGUUUACUAACUUAUUGUUUCAUUUGUUUCUAUUAAAGACAUUAAAGUAAUAAAUAAUUGUAUACUCUAUACUUUUAAUUCUUAUAAUUCUUCUAAUCAUUAGAAAUGGGAUGCGAUGGUGGUACUAUACCCAAGAGGGACGAGUUGGUACGGACCAAAAAGAAACCUGAACAGAAAGAUAAAUCAUCUGUGCAACUGUACCGUUGGCGUAAUUGUCAUUUGACUCAAGAACCACUUCGACCACCAAUAGUCGCUUGUGGCAUGGGUCUCUUGUACAAUAAAGAAUCAGUGUUGCAGCAUUUAAUAAAUAAAACUCCAUUUCCUGAAGCUUCCGCACACAUCAAGGGCUUAAAAGAUAUAAAAGUAUUAAAAUUGACCUCUAAUCCAGCAUUCAACAAAAAAGCUCAAAGUGUUGGAGGAUAUAUUGAUGAYAAUUGUUCACCUUACAUAUGCCCUCUAGUUGGUCUUGAAAUGAACGACAGAUCUAAAUUCUGUUUCUUAUGGAAAUGUGGAUGUGUUAUUUCUGAAAGAGGUCUCAAGCUGAAUGCUGAUAACAAGUGUGUCAAUUGUGUAAAGGAAUAUGAGGAUGAUGACAUAGUUGUAUUAAAUCCGAUCGAAGAAGAUAUAACUUUGAUGAAGACUAAAUUAGCCAAACGCAAAGAUAAGAUUAAGAGUGAAAAAAAUUCUGAAAAAAUUAAAGUCAAGCAAGAAAUUGUAAUUAAAGAUGAACCAGUUGAUAAAGAUGAAAAACCAAUUAUUCCAUCAUUUUUACCUGUAAAAACUGAAAAAAUUGACAUUAAGAAUGAAAUAAAAAAGGAACAAAUAAAAAGACCAAUCACUAGUGCUGCGGGAUCAAGUUCCUCCGUCGGCUCUGCUAACUGCCGGAAAUUAGAAGAUCCUGUGUAUAAAAAAGCAAAACUUGCACAUAGUAUUUCUAAAGACAAAACAGCAACCAAUGUAUAUAAAUCUUUAUUCACAAGUCAUGAGGACGACAAAAAUCAAACUCGAGCUCAUUGGAUUACAUAUAAUCCGUUCUAUAAUUAAACGUGAAACUUGUAUUAUGUACUUUAGUAAUCAUUUAAUUUUUUUCCAUUAAAAUAUAUUUAUUUUUGUAAUACUCAAUUUAUUCUUGAAAGAUUUUUAA